AUGGUGAACACUAGUAGGCAAGAUUGGUCUCGAAAGCUCGAUGAUGCCUUAUGGACAUAUCAGAUUGCUUUUAAGACACCUACCAACAUGUCAUCGUAUCAGUUAUUCUAUGGAAAAGCACGUCACUUACCGAUAGAGAUGGAGCUCAAGGCUUUAUGGGCACUCAAAAGGUUAAAUCUAAAUUUAAAAGAGGCAGUGGAGCUAAGACUUGGGCAACUGAAUGAGAUGGAUGAAUUCCGUCUUGGGGAUUAUGAAAGGGUGAUAUGGCUUCCAAAAGAAGCAUGGGCAAAGACAACAUCCACAUCUCAGAAGGGACAGAAAAAAGAACGGAAGGAGAAAUUUUCUUAUCCUCUCUUCAAGGGCCUGGGCGCACUUUUGGUAUUAAAUGGGUCUUAG